AUGCCAGAUCCUAUACGUGGGACAGACUCAACAACAUACGCGGAAUCGUUAUGUGCCUCUUCGCUGGAUUUAUACCUGCUCAACGAACCUGAAGUACCUACCUGUAUUCGACUUCAAGGGUCCUCCGUUGUCGAUCUUACUCUAUGCUCAUCAGCAAUGAAUUCCUCAGUUGGAUCGUGGAGGAUACGUAAUGAUUAUGAUAUGGUGUAUACCGAUCAUGUAUUAAUUGACUACGGAAUUGACAUCCCUUCGGUUCAGAGAGUUAACAAGCGAUUUUUAUUUAUUACAUGGAGCACGAAACAAAUGGAUAAAGACAGAUUUGCGGCAGCAAUGAUCGCUGGCUUUUGGGCGCACCCUCAUGAGGAGGAUCUAGGGACUUCUAUUAGGAGAGUCACCUUUGUUGUGCGACCAAGAUUAAGGAGCUGCGACAGCAAUACCAAGUUUUACGCAGAUGAUUUACCUGCGCCAGAGCGCGCAAGACAAGACCAGUUUGGGAGCCGAUGCAGCGGGAAAGGGUUGCAGAAGGCACUGAAACAGGCCAUAGCGAAAGAUCAAGCCUGGAAAGACAUGUUGGAAUCUUUGGAGGGCGACCCGUGGGGUCUGCCCUACAAAAUAGUCAACAAGAAGCUGAGAGGCUACUCAUCGCCUGUAUGCGAAUCAUUGGAGCCGGACUUUAUACGUAAUACUGAAACAUCGGAGGUGACAUUGGCGGAGCUGCGACUGGUCGUGGCCAGAUUCAGGAGAAAUGAAAAGGCCCCUGGACCCCUGGAUGGCAUAAAGUACCGGACUCUGACUGGUACGUUCGAGUAUUGUGCUGACCUGGUUUGCUCAAUCUUCACCGGCCUCUUGCGAACUGGUGUCUUCCCAGCCGAGUGGAAGCACGCCAGAUUGGUUCUGCUUAGGAAGCCGAACAAACCGCUCGACUUGUAUUUGUAUUCCUCCUACAGACCGUUAUGUCUUUUUAAUACCUUCGGCAAGAUCUACGAAAAAAUUGUAGCCAAUAGACUCACGUUGUUUAUCGAAAGGCCGAUCCACAUAAUAGAUGCUAUACAUCGCACAAAGGUGGUUAGAAAGGCCUUUGCUGCUGACCACUGCGUGGUUGCGGUGAGUCUGGACAUAUCGAAUGCCUUUAACUCUGUCCCAUGGACUGAAAUUCUUAGAGCUCUCGGGGAAUUUGAGGUCUCCGACUAUUUAUAUAGCGCGCUGAGUGAUUAUCUGAGGGAUUGCAGAAUCUCAUACGUUAACAGGGAUGGCGAAUUGGAGGAGAUAGAGGUGAAUUGCGGGUUCCACAGGGGUCGGUUUUGGGGCCACUCCUCUGGAACAUAG